AAGCGACGGCCGGAGAUCUACAAAAUUAUAAACAUAAAACGCCUAUGCCAAUUGAGGUAUUUGAAGCUGUGAAGCCAAUAUACGAAGAAUUGAGUAGAGAUGAACUUCUCACUCGUUGCUUAGGUGGAUAUACACAGAACUCCAACGAAAGCUUUAAUGCGCUCGUGUGGUCCAUGGCCCCUAAGAACAUUUCUAGUGGCAAAAUCGUCCUCGAUACAGCUGUAUUUCUUGCUGUUUUAUAUUUCAAUGAUGGCUACAAUGGAGUUUUCAAAGUUAUGGAGCAAUUGGGCAUCACAAUUGGAGAAAAAUGCUACAAUUUCUGCUCGGAAGCCGAUGCUGUCCGUAUCUCGCUUUCCGAGCGCUCCCUCACUGAAGAGGCUAAAGCUGCCCGUAAAGAUGCAACUUCAUCCAGAAAAGAUGAGGACCAAGAGAAUCUUCAUUUGGAAGGCCAAUUGUAUGGAGCAGGCAUUGCAGAUUGAAGAUCAAAAAUUGUGACCUGUACAUGUACGCCAAUGCGGAUGUAUAAAAAAAAACGGCUUUUUUUCAGUGUGCUUCCACGCCGGCAUUUUAUAUUUAAAAAAUUCAAUAAAAUAUGUUUUUUAUACCUAAAGACUAGUACUUUCAUUAGUGCAAAACCCCAUAUUAAAAAAAAUU